AUGGUGACUGAGACUGCUCCUAAGACCAUCAAGCGGUUAAUCGCCUGUUGCGAUGGCACCUGGAUGGAUAGUGACAAUGGCUACGAAGAACCCGGCUUACUAAGAAAAGAAGGUUCUCUUCAGAUACCUUCCAACGUUACUCGAAUAUCCCGUUGCUUUGAGAAGAGGUGCAGCGAUGGCAAGCUUCAAGUGGUCAACUAUGAGUCAGGUGUUGGUACAGGUAGCAACGUACUCGACAGCAUUACUGGCGGUGCUUUUGGUAUGGGACUCGCAGAGCGUAUGCGGGAAACAUAUUCGUUUUUAUGUUCCAACUAUAUGGAUGGCGAUGAGAUAAUACUCGUUGGUUUCUCCAGAGGCGCUUUCACAGUCCGUUCUGUGGCAGGCAUGAUUGGCAAUAUAGGCCUACUCACGCGUGAGGGUGUUGAGUUCUUCUACCCUAUCUUCAAAGAUAUGCAGCAUUGGAUGGACGAUGAUUAUGAAGAUCCAUUCCCCAACAUUCCAUUCCCUAACAAACCUAAAGGGAAGGACGCUGCAGAAGUUUACCGGACUCGCUUGGAGCAACUCGGCUACACACGUGUGAGGCGGAGUGAAGGAGAAGGCGACAUCAUCACCAUCAAAGCAGUGGGCGUCUGGGAUACCGUGGGUAGCCUCGGGAUUCCCAGAGUCUUGUGGCUGGAGAAACUGGGAAUUCGUGCUGACAAUGAUGAAUAA